AUGCCAGAGGUCAUAGCCUGCCAGGCCGCUAUCUUCGAAUGGGCCGAGAGCUUCGACACCAAGGAUUGGACUCGACUCGCAGAAAUCGUUGCGCCGACUCUAUAUGUUGACUACCGUGCUGUAAUGGGCAUGCUGUGGGAAUCAAUGCCAGCCGCCCAAUUCAUCGACAUGGCGUCCAACGGGAGAUUUCUGGGGAACCCGCGCAUCAAGACGCAGCAUUUCAUUGGCGCGGGUAGGUGGAUCAAGACCGGUGAAGACGAGGUCACGGGCUAUCACCAGAUGCGGGUGGCUCAUCAGAAGUACAAGGACGAUGAACUGUCCGAAGUGCUCUACAAGGGGCAUGCUCAUGGCAAGGCGACCGUCCAGUAUCGCAAGAUCGAUGGUGUAUGGAAGUUUGCUGGUCUCGAGCCCAAUAUUCGUUGGGCGGAGCACGAUUACGAUAAGAUAUUUCACUCAGAAUAG